UCACUGUUCAGUGGAAGUUUGGUCAUGUCUGGACUGCAGGGUGUUCGACUGCUGCUGCUGUGGGGCUGCGUCUGCCUCUGGCUGCCCAGCCUGGCUCGGGGGGCUCUGGUGAUUUCCGGGGACCAUGAAGCUCUGCAGGAGAUAAGAGGAGCUGCCAAAUCACUGCAGAAAAGAAGCACAAAUGAAGCCAAGGUGGAGGUGCACAGUGUGAAAGUUGACUGCACUGUGAUGUCUCGUUUCGCUCACACCGUCAUGACCUCCAAGGCUCUGAAUAAAGCAAACUUCUCGCAGGAAAUCUUCUUUGAAGUGGAGCUGCCCAAGACGGCCUUCAUCACUAACUUCAGCAUGGAAAUUGAGAGCCAGGUGUAUGUUGGGCAAGUGAAAGAAAAAGAGAAAGCCAAGAAACAGUACGAGAAGGCUGUGUCCUCUGGACAGACUGCUGGACUGGUCAAGGCAUCUGGAAGAAAGAUGGAGAAGUUUUCAGUGUCUGUCAACAUUGCAGCUUACAGCAAUGUGACUUUUAUUCUGACCUACGAGGAGCUCCUUCAGAGGAAACUGGGCCAGUACGAGAUCCUGACUCGAGUUAAACCUAAACAACGGGUCCAGGAGUUUCAGAUUGUGACAAACAUCUAUGAGCCUCAGGGCAUUUCUUAUGUGGAUACUCACGCAACCUUUCUCACCAACGAGCUGCUCCCCCUGGUGGAGAAGACUGUCACAGACAACAAGGCCCACAUCUCUUUCUCACCAACUAUGGAGGAGCAGAGGAAGUGUCCAGAUUGUGACGGAACGCUGAUUGAUGGAGAUUUUAUCAUCAAGUACGAUGUGAACCGAGCAAAGAGCCUCGGGGACAUUCAGGUUGUGAAUGGAUACUUUGUGCACUUCUUUGCUCCCCCUGACCUGCCCAGAGUCCCAAAAAAUGUGGUGUUUGUGAUAGACAGGAGCGGAUCAAUGAGUGGAAGAAAGAUAGAACAGACGCGACAGGCAUUGCUGUCCAUCCUUAAAGACAUCCACGAAGAGGACUACUUUGCCCUCAUUAUAUUUGAUCAUGGCUUUCAGACUUGGAGGGAAUCCCUUACCAAAGCGACCAAGGAAAACGUGGCUCAAGCAAUGGAAUACGUCAGAAAUAUACGCAUCGGUGGAUCAACCAAUAUCAAUGAUCCAUUGUUGAAAGGUGUGGCAAUGCUGGUCAAAGACAGGCAGGAGAAGAGGAUCCCAGAGAGGAGCGUUGAUAUGAUUAUUUUACUCACCGAUGGAAAUCCAGAUGGUGGAAGGUCUGCCAUACCACGUAUUCAGGAGAACGUGCGUUCUGCUAUUGGAGGAAACAUGUCUCUGUUCUGUCUGGGAUUCGGAAACGACGUUGAGUACUCCUUCCUGGAUUUGAUGAGCAAACAAAACAAGGGAGUGGCUCGCAGAAUCUUUGAGGGUUCAGAUGCAGAACUGCAACUUCAGGGUUUCUAUGAGGAGGUGGCCAGCCCUCUGCUCUCAGAGGUGGACCUGCGUUAUCCUGAAAACUCAGUGGACUUCCUGACUACCAACCACUACAGCCAGUUGUUUAACGGCUCAGAGAUUGUGGUGGCUGGUCGGCUGAUGGACAAUGACCUGGACAACUUCAUGGUGGAAGUGUUUGGCCAAGGGUUUGAGGAGGACUUCAGAGUGCAGGGCCAGCCCAGUGCUGUGGACUGGGACGUGAUAUACCCAGAUGAGGACUACAUUUUCGGAGAUUUCACAGAGCGUCUGUGGGCUUAUCUCACCAUCCAGCAGCUACUGGAGAAGAGCAAAAGUGGUGCCACAGACGAGAAACAAAACGCCACAGCAAAGGCCCUGGAAAUGUCUCUGCAUUACAGCUUUGUCACCCCUCUCACCUCCAUGGUGGUCACCAAACCUGAAACUGAGGAUGGGACAGACACUCCUCUCAUUGCUGACAAACUGACUGAGGAGCAAAGACAACAGGCAGAAAGAAUGUCAUACCACCAUGCACCCCCAUCAUAUGGUUACCGUCCAUCAUCACCCACAUAUUUAGUGGAUGGAGAUCCUCAUUUCAUGAUAGAGCUCCCUGACAGAGACGAUGCUCUGUGCUUCAAUAUCAACGAAAUGCCAGGAACCAUUUUCAACCUGGUCAGAGACCCAGAACAAGGUAUUUUGGUCAAUGGUGAGAUCAUCGGAGACAAGAAACUGCCCCCUGAUGGUAAAAUUAACACCUAUUUUUGGCGUUUUGGCAUCAUCCACCAGACUCUGGGGGUGAGGCUGGAGGUUAGCACUCAGGAUAUCUCAGUGCUCCAGGACGGCAAACGGGUCAAACUGCUGUGGUCUGAUACAGCUUCCUUAAAGGAACCAAAUGUGGAUCUCCUCUUGACCAAAGACCGCAGCUUAACAGUGACUCUGAAGGAUUCAGUUAAGUUUGUCGUCCUGCUUCACAAAGUGUGGGCGAAGCACCCAUACCACCGGGACUACUUGGGUUUCUACACCCUGGACAGCCAUCUUCUGUCCCCUUCUGUUCACGGCCUGCUAGGUCAGUUCUACCAUGGGAUUGAAUUUGAGGUGUCAGAGCUGCGUCCAGGUGAAGUCCCGGAGAAACCUGACGCCACUAUGUAUGUGAAAGGACAAGAGCUCAAUGUGACCAGAGGCUGGCAGAGAGACUUCAGGAGGGACAUCAAGAACGGAGAAAAUGUUCCCUGCUGGUUCGUUCACAGUAAUGGAACAGGCCUCAUUGAUGGAGAUGUAGCAGACUACAUUAUGUCAGGCCUUUUUAAAACAUAUUAAGAUCCGCCUGCAAUUACACCAUUGAUGCUCUGACAUCUUGUACUCAGGGGCGACCAGGCUUGAUCCACAGCAAUUUAUGGACUUUUCACAGUUUCUAUCAGUGUUCUUGCUGAAAUCAUUACAAUGGUAAGCAAACCUAUCUCAAAAUAGUGAGAGGUACUGGGAGACAGCCUCAGCAAUCAUUUGUAUUGAAAUAAACAUACAGAGCUCUUAAA